GCCACUUGGGCCUGCCAGGCAGGCUGGGGGAGGCACAAGUGGCUGCUGGAUGCUAGCUUUAGGUUCUGGGCUGGCUUGGGGGCUGCCUUACACCACAGUCUACGCUAUAUUCCAUUGCUUCUGGGGCCUGAGGACUCUGGCAGGCCCGGGCAGAGCUGAGGCCUUCUGCCGUCUCCAUGACUGGUGCCUUUCCUCUCACAGUACUGGAGGUGUGAACCUUGGACUUGGUGUUUGUGAACAGGCAGGGCCCAUGCUCAGGACCCUGGCACCAGUGCAUGGCCUGAAACCAAAGCUGCUGACUUUUGUUGGCAGAUGCAGCCAGGAGGCCAACACUGCCCUUGCCAUGAUUUACACUGCUACUGGUGGGAGGCCAAGGGGUGGGCAUGGGGAGGGCUGGAGGGGGCAGGCACCAGGUUCCUUGUUGCCUGGAUGGCAGAGAUCACGGGCCCGCAGCAGACCUGGUGUCCUUUGGGGUUGCUAAUGCCACUCCCCGAUCUCCACCUGUAAGCCCAUCCUUUUGACUCUAGUGUCCCUCCCCAAUCCCUCUUCCCUACCCCUUUCAUCUGGACAUUCAGAAACCCUGGUGCCCCCUGCUGGGGAGUGUGGCUGGAAUAGGUGUGGGCACAUGUUUGAGAAGGUGGGGUGUUGCUGAGAGUGCCUUGGGGGACCAGUGCUGGAUAGAGCCACGGCACCCCCUAGGCUGGGGGGAUGGCUGUUGCAGGACCCUGAGGAGCUGCUGCUGGGGUGGGGUCUUCUAGGGUCCGAGCCUGGGCCCUGUUGGGUGUUGGCCAAGAUCCAGGGCCAGGCCCUGCCCACUAAUGCCCCCAGUCCUUUCCCACAGCUAUCUGGUAAUGCCAUUCAUGGGCACCGAUCUAGGCAAGCUCAUGAAGCACGAGACACUGAGCGAAGACCGGAUCCAGUUCCUUGCGUAUCAGAUGCUGAAGGGGCUGAAGUAUAUUCAUGCUGCUGGGAUCAUCCACAGGGACCUGAAACCCGGCAACCUGGCUGUGAAUGAGGACUGUGAGCUGAAGAUCUUGGACUUUGGCCUGGCCCGACAGGCAGACAGUGAGAUGACGGGAUACGUGGUGACCCGGUGGUACCGGGCACCUGAAGUCAUCUUGAAUUGGAUGCGUUACACACAGACGGUGGAUAUCUGGUCGGUGGGCUGCAUCAUGGCAGAGAUGAUUACAGGGAAGAUACUGUUCAAGGGCAAUGACCACCUGGACCAGUUGAAGGAGAUCAUGAAGGUGACGGGGACGCCUCCUGCUGAGUUUGUGCAGAAACUGCAGAGUGCAGAGGCUAAGAACUAUAUGAAGGGCCUUCCUGAGCUGGAGAAGAAGGACUUUGCCUCUGUCUUGACCAAUGCCAGCCCCAUGGCUGUGAACCUCCUGGAGAAGAUGCUGGUGCUGGAUGCGGAGCAGCGUGUGACAGCAGGUGAGGCGCUGGCCCAUCCCUAUUUUGAGUCCUUGCAUGACACAGAAGAGGAGCCCAAGGCCCAAAAGUAUGAUGACUCCGUGGAUGACGUGGACCUCACCUUGGAUGAGUGGAAGCGUGUCACUUAUAAAGAAGUGCUCAGCUUCAAGCCUCCCAGGCAGCUGGGGGCCAGGGCCGCCAAGGAGACAGCCCUGUGAAGACCUCUGGGUGAUGCAGGGACACCCUAAGGAGCCUGGCUAGGGGCCUCAACCCUUAGCCUUCCUUCCUUGGGAGAGGAACCCUGGUUACCACCUGACCUUGCCCGGGUUUGGAGAGGCUCAGCAGAUCCUCAAUCUGUGGACUGUCCUACUCCCUGCUCCACUUUCUGCACAGGACAGGCCCCUGCUUACCUGGGCUGGCCUCUGGCCCCUGGGACAGUCAACCCCUCUGCCAGGAUGCAGCAGAAAGCCUCAGGGCUGGCAGGGCUGGGAGAAGGGAGAGGGAAGGGUCAGGACAACAGUUCAGGGACACUAGCUCCCCUGGGCUUUGGGGGGGCAUUGUGGACACUCCUGCACCCCAGCCAAGAAUGUAAACUAGCUCUUUGCUGUGCCCACCUGGCUGGAAGAAAAUAAACCCUUUUGUAGACUUCCCACUCUGUGUGGCCUGAUG